AGAAUAUUACCGGACUUGAAUUGAGUUCGACCUGUUUUCUGUGUAACUUCUUCAUUUACACAUUAAAAUGCAAAUUAAUUAUUCAAAUAAAUGAUGGUCAAUUAUGACGUACGCAUUGCGUAUUAGCGGACUUCGAUUAUUCUUUGACGCUGUGUUGGUCCAUCACCAAUUCCAACCGGCUUCAAGCAUCGCACGAUCGCAUUCUACACACUCCUGCUCCAGCGUUCUGAUCGUGUUAGAGAUGGCCAACAUUGCAAAACUGUUUACUGUGCGUGCACAAAGCUUGGUCCAGGCUGCCGCCCGCCAGCCACAAGUUGCCACCCGCUUCGCCAGCUCGAACAGCAGCUGGGAAUACAUUAAAACUGAGGUCACGGGAGAGAAGCAAAAUGUUGCUGUUAUCACCUUGAACCGUCCCAAGGCUCUGAAUGCUUUGUGCAAUGGCCUGAUGAUGGAGCUGUCCACCGCCCUGAAGAGCUAUGGCAAGGAUAAGAACAUCGCCGCCAUUGUGUUGACUGGCAGCGAGAAGGCAUUCGCUGCUGGCGCCGAUAUCAAGGAGAUGGCACCCAACACCUACUCGCAGUGCAUUCAGGGCAACUUCCUCAACGACUGGACGGAAGUGGCACGCACCCAGAAGCCCAUCAUUGCCGCUGUCAACGGGUAUGCGCUGGGCGGUGGCUGUGAGCUGGCCAUGAUGUGCGACAUUAUCUAUGCGGGGGAGAAAGCCAAGUUUGGUCAGCCAGAGAUUGCAUUGGGCACGAUUCCCGGUGCUGGUGGCACCCAGCGUUUGACCCGUGCCAUUGGCAAAUCCAAGGCCAUGGAAAUGUGCCUCACCGGCAACAUGAUCAAUGCGCAGGAGGCCGAGAAGGUUGGCCUCGUCAGCAAGGUGAUUCCAGCAGAUCAACUGGUGGCCGAGGCAGUCAAACUGGGCGAGAAAAUUGGCACCCACUCGAGUCUGAUUGUGCAGCUGUGCAAGGAGUCAGUGAACACCGCAUAUGAGACAACUCUGCAGGAGGGCCUCAAAUUCGAGCGUCGCACUUUCCAUGCCACAUUCUCAACGGCCGAUCGCAAGGAGGGCAUGCAAGCCUUUGUGGAGAAGCGUCCAGCUAAAUUUACCAACGAAUAAAUCAUAUUCACAAUUAAUCCCAGUUAAAGCCAGCAAUGCAUUUAUCAACUUUAACCUGUGUUAUUGUAUGCAAAUAUAAUAUUGUUAAAAAAUCA